AUGUCUGGGAUGCUAGUGAUGGCGUUACUCUCCGUGAGUGUGUCGCUGUCGCUAUGUGUUGUGCCCGGCCUAGCACGCAUCACGGUCUUCCCACUGCUUUCGAGGCUUGUGCAUAAGUUUGCGGCCGUUUAUUUGACUGACAGCAUUCAGAUUGAGUAUUAUCUUGGCUCGUUUGACGUGCGUGGACGACGUGGCACCGGGACGGUCACGGAGCAACUGCGUGGCGUGACCAUCUCACUGUUUUAUGUGGCGCUACAAAGCGAGUUUCUCAAGACGUUGGCAUUUACGAAGCAAGGGCUAGCACCAUUUGACAUCCAGCACGUAACCAUUAAGAAAAUAGUAAUCCAUUUGGCUACGACGUGGAAGGUUGUGGUCAAAUUAGAAGGUGUGGCUGUGGAUGGUCAGAUGGUGGAUCCCAAUGCGGAAGGCGUGUUUGAGCUGCAAGAUGCCGUGGCUAUGAAGCUGAGCGAGGCGAACAACUGGGUCACUCAACUCAUUGCAGAGCGCACCAAGACAGAGCUGAGAGAGAAACAAGAGGAGCAGGCGACAACAUCGAAAGCUUUUGCCUUCAAAGAUCGCGUGUUGCAGCAGAUUGCGGCGCAAGUAGACGUCCAUGUGAGCAAUGUAAGAAUUGGUGUCACAGGUCUGAUGCCCGGAGAUUCUGCUGUCGGCGGCCGUGAUUGUGAGACUGAGGAUAAGGACAGUGAGGAUGCAGACGUGGCCACGACCAGCUCAAUUCCCGUGUCUUUGAAGCCGACACGUGCGAUUUUUGUCAUGAAAUCGUUUGACUUACGAUCCUACAUCCUACAUGAUAAUCCAGAGGAAGCUUUGCAGCUUAUCUUGACGUCGGAGGAGAUUUCGAUGGAGCACGUGAUUAACUUCAAGGGUGUAAACAUCUGUGCUGCUACUGUGGAUGAUGAAACAAACGAUGACAUGACCGGGGUGGAAAAGAGAAAAGAUUUAUUGAAAGAUAACGAAGGAAUCGGUUUUGGUGAACUACCACUGCUGUCUUUGGCAAAUCUCGACCUAAAGCUCCAGGUACCGCCCAUGCCACGGUUGUUGGGCAUUGUGGAGAACAUUGCUCCUAUUCCGGUAACGAACCGUGUGGCGCGGGUGGAGCUUGUAUCGUCGUCGAUCACUAACCUUACAGUCACGCGGGAGCUGAUUGUGGGAGUGCUGCGCGAUUUAGUUGUGCCAUACAUGGAUUACCAGGUUCUGGUGCAGUCGAUGCGUGCGUUAGAACAUGAUGAGACUGUUCGAACCCCGCUGUUGAAGGAGGAUGAAGCUUUCUACAUGGAUAAUUACGACCAAGUGGAUAGCAACAACUUGUUGUCAGCUCAGGAUAAAAAGGAUCGCAAUGACAAGCUACGCGAACUUGAAGCAGUCAUGUCGCUGGACAAAAUUCUCAAGCUGCGUAGUCGAUCCACUGGAUUGGCCAAGUACUACCGUCGUGAUCAAGAGGAGCUCUCUCUUUCCGAUUACAUUGCAAUCGUGAAGGAGAAUGCUGCCAAGACAAGCAACAUCAUGUUUAAAGCAAUGCAGAUUACAUUACGCUGGGAUAACAUGAGUGUUGCGUUCGUUGAACGAGGCCGUCAAGUUUCUGAGAUGGUCGUGAGCGGCUUUGGCGUCAAUAUGCGCUCGUUCACCAUUGCAGAAGGCGAUGAGAAACAGAAGCUAGACGUAGAGGUUGCAUUGGACCAAGCAACAUUCGUCGUUAACGUCGAGUCUUCGGCUUCGAAUUCUGUUUCUCCAACGGCAAAGGUAAUGUUUGCGGACUUCAGCAAGGUAGCUGCAGAGUCUGGCGCAAUGUCGCCGCCACAGAUGCUCACGGCCCAUGUGAGUCAGCUUGAAAGUGGUAAGCAGAAUGUGUGUGGUACAGUGAACAACAUGAAGUUGGUACUCUCAGUCGGUGCGCUGGAGCGUUUCCUGCUGUUUGUUGAUCGGCUGAGCACAAAGACAACUCAAGUACUGUCGACAGCGCGGCCGCCUUUCGUACCAGUUUCUCACUCUGAGUUAUCGCCUGCCGCAGUCCAGGUUGCUAAAAGCGAGGUAGACAUGGUGAGAAAAGAGAUAACAAUGUCUCCGUUUAGCUUGCUUGGCGGCAUGCUGUUGAGCCUGGAUGUCAACUUGAAGGACUGUCACAUCGUUCUGCUACCCACUCAGUCGUACUCAAAAUCACUUUUUAUGGAUAUUAACGCGGAGACAUGGCAAAGCGAUUACGAGGUAGAUUGCCGCGUGGAUAUGCCUGCCUCAUUGAGCAUGCAUCUCGAAAGUUCAAAAGUGAAGGAAUUGCUGGAGCUUAACGUUCACAGCUUCAAUAUCGGCGCCCAGUACGUCAAUGAUGCUAAGGAAGCGGAAACUAUUUUAGCUCCAACAAGUAUCGUAUUUCAGUUUACCCUAAAACAAGACGUCACGGAUCCUCUGAUUUGUCACCAGAGUGUAAUGCUGCACAUGCCAGAUGUCUUGGUUGCUGGGUCAGACCUCAGUUUGUCGUUAUUGGCGUCCUGUGGGGAGGCCCUCAGUAACGUGCAGACAACAACGCCCGAGCAAGCCCAGCUUCGGCUCGAAAGUCGUGUAAAGCAGGAAGAAAUUCGACGCCAGGCGGAAGUCGACACAGUCCUCGAUCGCUUGCACCGACUUUUUGACGAAAUUGAUGAAAACGGGAACGGCUGUAUUGAGCUGGCAGAGCUUCUUCUCUUACUGCGCCGGGUCAAGGUUGGCGACACAUUGCUGGAAAGUGAAUUGGAGUACUUUGUUCGCGAGCUCUUUAAGGAAAUUGACCAGGAUGGUAAUGGCUAUCUUGAAUUUCAAGAGCUCCGCGCAUUUUUGCGCGAUGAUCUUUUGUCAGAUAAAGCUGCUGAAGCUUCUGGUUCGAGGCCAGGAAACGGCAGCAAUGCUCUCAGCGGCUUCCUUAAUCUGCGCGGAAAUGAAUACCAUUCGUUUGAAGUCAUUAACGAGCUAUGCGAGACGAAGAUAACAUUUUCUGAACAACUCGCAGAGUGGAUUAAGCGCCCUGCGUUUGAGGGACGCUUUUGGGAACUUUUUGAGAGUGAAGCUCACAUUAAGAAUCGUUCAAUCAUCAAUCAAAAUCCGCUGGAUUUACAAAAAAAGCUGGUUCGGCUGCUCAAGAACUAUGACGCCGCGAACCUUAUCUGGGAUGCGUUGGUGUUGCCUGCGAUGGAAGACAAUUGCUCGGACCGUUCUAUAUAUGAGUGGCUACUGCAGCCGUCCACGCGCUGUGGAGGUAUCAGCGAGUACCAGAGCGCAGCGAAAGUUAUUGCAAAGAAAAAACGUGACGGUAUUUUUAGUGCAGCCAUCGAGGAAACAGAGAAUUUGGUAAGCAAGCUUACACAAAAUAUGAACUUGGUGAAGAAAGAGCUGCACUUCACGACAGACGUAAAAAUGGGAAACGUGCGACUAGUUCUUAUGGAUGCUGAACUACCUGCUCGCUUUUGCCGUGGUAAUUUUGUCAUCAAAAAUGUAAAAAUAUCGAUGAGGUUCAGUGGCAAAAAUAUUGACGAAAUUGGUCCCAUAGAUUGGGUCGAUCUGGCCAUGUCUGGGAACACCGACUGGACGCUGUUGUUCGGCUUCAAGAUGUCGUCGUCCUGUUAUAGUGAAAUUGCCAACGACAUGGAAAACAUCAUCGAGCCAUGGGAACUGGUUGCCGGCGUGUCUUCGAGUGCUGGCGAGAACGGAUUUGCUGUUCUGUUGGAGGCUGCGAAGCGAUUUCAGAUUAAUGUGACUCCAAGCGUCCUCAAGACCUACCGUGCGCUGAUGGACGCCCUUGAUGGAGCGGCUCAGCAGAAUGGGCUGCAAAAGCAUCAAGACAGCUUCCAACUUUCAACUGCUGCAAAGAAGCAAAAAGAAACAGAUUGUCUUGUGCAGAACUUUACGGGAUGCAAGAUUUCCUUGAAACUAAACGGCAGUGAUGAGGUAAUCACAAUUGACGCGCAUGAUCGCGCUCACAUUGAAAAUGGAGCUUUGAAGGAUGGCGAGGCUGUAGUAGACUUACUUGAAAUUGAUCAGUGGGGUACAAGUAAAAAUUCGGUGAAGUUGUCUUCCUUUGGUAAUGUCAGCGUUGGUGUGAGUACAGCAGAAGCUUCACCAUCAUCUCUAUUUGUCACAGUGUUUUCGCGAUUGGAAAACCCGCGACGACAGCUUAUUGUCCUAAGAUCGAAUACGUACUUCUGCAACCACAGCUCGGAGUGUUACGAGAUGAAGUACCUGAGCUUAGGAAAUGAGGAUCGAAAGGCGGUGGAAUCUCCCGUCAUUAAAUUGCGACCUAAUGAGCGAAUUUCAUUGCCGCUCUCACUAUUGAUGGGCAUGACGGAGUUUUACGCGCGUCCUGAAAAUCAUGAACACUGGAUUGUAAAGACUUCUUUGAACAAUGACGUGCUAACAUCUACUACGGCAAUCCAAGAGCUCAAUGAGCACGAAGCUGAACGGGAAGCGAGAACGAAGCAGCGCCGAGGGGGUGGAACUAUUGUGUAUGGCCAAACCGAGGAAACUUGCACAAAGGUGGUGAAGCGCCUCAUUCCGAAUAUGAUCGUGCGACGAUGGCACUUACGUUCGCAUUUCGAGUAUGAAAUAGCGUUGCUUCCUCCAUUUGUGGUACGCAACUCGUUACCCUAUAAGAUGGAAUAUCGAUUUGUCGAGUACAAGUCGAGUUCAUCGAGGGACAUGAAGGCUGAAUUCACCAAGGUAGAUACGCUAUUACGGUGCGAAAGCACACCUAAACCAUCGGAUGGUGUAUUAAGCGGAGUAGUGAAAUCAGGUCACGAUGCCGAAGUAUCCGGUGUUUCUGGAGGGUAUCCUGGUUAUUUGUCUAUUCGUUUGGUUGCCCAAAAGCAAAACACAGGCAAGCAUGUGACGUCUGCGUGGUCAAAACCGCUUCUGAUGAUGAUUCACAAAGGAGUCGAGCAGUUUACGAUGUCGCGAGAAAGCGUAGAAGCCGACGUUGGCCUCCACUUCAACAUUGACCGAAUCACACUUCCUGGCUGCCCUCGACUCGUACGCUUUUCAAGCACUUACUGGAUCGUGGACAACACGUCGCUUGCAUUUGACUAUGCGUCUACUGAGCCUGGUGCAAAGCGAAACUCGUGCAAGGCCAUGCGUGUGUGUGCGCCAUUCAGUUACCCUGUCAUGACGUCGCUGCCGCAUGAUCGUCUGAGCUUAAAACCGCUUGCCAACCUCAAUCGCCGCCCAAAGGCAUGGGAAGCGCUCGGUAAUAUGCCAGAUACAGCGUUUAAGGCUUCAGCGCUCUCGGAACAUGCAAUCAAGAAUGCGCAGUGGUCGGAACCUAUUAACACGACAGCUAUCAAUACCAUGGCCCCCCGGUAUUUCGUUCAAAACCGCUUGAACCAAAAGCUAUACAUUCAGAGCUUUGCCUCGCACGACAAGGACCCGCAGAAGGUCGACGAUAUGUUCCACAAGCGAAGUGUAGAUGAUGUGAAGCAGUUACAUCUGGCUCUGGAGGACAGUCAGACUACACCACUGUAUCACUUCGGGUCCUUGAAAAAGGGCGAGUCUGUGGAGCAAAGUCAGCGCUAUAUUUCGUUCUCGUUCUCAGAAGAAUGGGGCACUGACGCUGACAAAAAGAACUGGUCGUUUGCGAUUCCGAUCAACACAGCUGGAGACGUCUACUUACAGGUCUACUCAUCUGUGCGCCAACGCUAUCUUAUUUGCCAAGCGAGUGUGCAAGUGGUGGACAUGUACGUCUAUGUAGUUCUGACAGAUGUGUCUUGCGCACCACCGUAUCGCAUCGAAAAUUACACCCCGUUCACGAUAGAUUACGCUCAGUUGGGCGAGUCAUCUAUUUUCAGUAGCGGGCAAAAGCAAACAGCUGCUACUAUCAAACCCGGGGCGUGGCACGCUUUUGCGUGGUUUAAUCCUUUGUCGAAGGAUCGCCACGUCGAGCUCCGUCUGUCACAUAUGGAUGCCCUCAAGGCGCAGACGAAGAAAUAUGACAUUGACUAUGUUGGCUACCUGGACCCCAUCACCAUGUGGGUGUCUCAUGAUGGCGAGAAACAGCACGCCGUGAGGUUGACUGUACAAGUCGUUGUUGACGAGAGUACGCGUGUGCUCAAAAUUGCUGAGAAGGAACUAGAGCUUAGUCUAUUGACAACCCAGGACUCGGAGGGUGAUCUCCAGCACCGACGAAUGCUUUACGCAUCUUCUUUCGACAUUGCAUUCGUGGGUUUUGGCUUUUCCUUGCUGGAUGGCUUCCCACAGGAAGUAUUUUUCGCAUCGGCAGAUAUUAUGAAGGUGCAAAAAGCCCCUGCGUCGCUGGAAUGGACAUUCUCGGUGCUGCAUUGCCAAGCAGACAACAUGUUGGCGACUGCUAAGUUCCCUGUAAUAAUGAAUCCUGUAAGUUCAGGCUACAGUGAUAAGUCCGUGGGCAAAGAACCUGAGCCGUUUUUGAAGCUGGUUCUUGAUGCUGACCUGGAAGCUCGGCUGGGAACGUACAAGCUGCUCGAAUUUAGCUUAGGUGACGUAGCAGUGAAGGUGGAUAUCGAUUAUCUGGUGACCCUUGUAAGACUUCUAGAACCGUACUUGGUCUCUGAUGCUACCACGGCCCACCGAACGAAGCUAACGUUGGAGAAAACGCUUCAACGUCGCGCACCACCAAUGCCGGUAAUGUUAGUGACAGCAGAAGGUGGCAUUCACACAGAUUUGGUGUACUUUGACGUCUUGCGCAUCUCGUCGUUGUCUGUUGAGUUAGAGUACUCAAUCACACGCAAAGACAUCGUGUCGUCGACUGGUGGUGGCCACUCGGUGAUUUUUGGCUUUCUAAGCCAGAUCAUUGGCCUUGUCGGAUCAAACCUAAGUGGUUCGCCGACGUUUAACUUUAGCGAGAUUGUGAUUGUACGCUGUCUAUCAACGAAGCAGAGGCUCCAGAAUCAGUUGAUCGCGAACUAUGUUCAGCAGGGCAUACUGCAGGCGUACCGUCUUGUUGGCAGUGCAGAUAUCAUUGGCAAUCCGAUUGGACUUGUUGAAGACUUGGGUUCCGGUGUUGUGGAGUUUCUAAAGAUCACAAAGGGUGAACUGACUGGCGAUGCUCAAACUCGUGGCGAAGGCGUGAAGGUGCUGGGCAAGACUAUCGUAAAAUCCGGUGCGUCUUCGGUCGCGAGGAUUACAGGCUCGCUAGAUAAGUUUGUGGGCGAGUUCGCGGGCGACAGUAAAAGCGAUACAUCCGGUGGUAAUGAUUCGUCGUCGACUGACAAUGCUGGUGUCAAGUUUGCAAAGGACCUCGGCCGCGGCUUCACUGGUAUAUUUACGAAGCCUGUCGAGGGAGCUAUGAAAGGGGGUGUGGCUGGACUUGUGCAGGGCACAGUACAAGGCAUUACCGGUCCUGGUGUUGUCCUGCUCAAGGGUCUUACGUCGACGUCUCAUAACCUUGCGCUGGGUGUACGGUCUACGGUCGUAGAUCGCUCCCCAUUUGGCGGCCGCCGCCGGAAGCCGAAACUUGUUAAAAAUGGUAAGUUGAUUGCAGAGUUCGAUGAAACCCAUUACAAACCUACUCUGUUGAACUUGGAGAUACUGGGUGCUAAUGGACUGGACUCGGAUAAGUCAUGUGAUCCACUCUGUGUUGUACGAUUGGAUGGUGUUGAUGUAAUGAGGACUGCGGUAAUUUACAACACGGUAAACCCAGUGUGGCAAGAGAAAAUACAGCUAGCGUUAACAGGCAAGGAGAACGAGGUGCAAUUCGUGGUAAAGGACUCAUAUGGCGGCACCGUAGCCAAGACAAUUGGCAAGUGCAUUUUGAGCAUGGCGCAGCUCCAAGACGACUUUAAGCCGCCUGAGUAUUCGUCAGAUCUUGCCGAAUGGGUUCACACGGAGGUUAAGCCAGGAAACACCAAGAUGAACACGAGCCAUGUGAUCGCAGAGAAGGAUUAUCCACUCGUCAUGCUGCAGAAAAACAGCUUAAGAGUGAACCAUGCAGCGUUGUUGAGUGAUGAGAAGCACCAGGUACUCGUUACAGUUGUAUCAUUGACAAAUAUGGUCGUCACUAGCUCAACUGGUAGUGGCAUGCUUGGGCUGGGCAAUCUAGGAAGUAGUGCACUCAACAUUUCACCAUACAUUUCAGUGCAUGUUGGAAAAAACGUCAAUCGCACGAAUACUGCGAGAAUGUCAUUCACCAAGAAUCAGAAGAACGAGCAAGUGGGUCAAGCGUCAUGGGGAGAAAGUUUUACCUUCUCAGUCACAGCAAAGGAGCUUCAUCGCGGCGGUGCCGAUUCGAGACUAGUCGUUUAUCUGAAAGACAAGAGUAUGAUCGUGGACGCACGACUUGGAUCGGCAACUCUGGACAUUGACGCGAGAAUCAAUGCACCUGCUACAACGGAAGAGCUGGUACUAAGGGACCAGUCCGACAAGCCGAUCGGAUAUCUUACACUAAAGGUGGAAGUCACUGGCUCUGCCACAUCGUCACGCUCGAUGUCGCUCCAAUCUAUCGAGUCAGCCGAAGAUAUGGCACAUCUACCACUAGAUGCAGUCAAGGCCGGCACUAUCCGCGUUUCAUGCGUGUUCGAGUAA